GGUGCCCGGUCCCUGCCGCCAUGAGCGAGCUGAAGGACUGUCCGCUGCAGUUCCACGACUUCAAGUCGGUGGACCACGUGAAGGUGUGCCCUCGGUACACAGCCGUGCUGGCCCGCUCCGAGGACGACGGCAUUGGCAUCGAGGAGCUGGACACCCUGCAGCUGGAGCUGGAGACGCUGCUCUCCUCCGCCAGCCGCCGCCUCCGCGUCCUGGAGGCCGAGACCCAGAUCCUGACGGACUGGCAGGACAAGAAGGGCGACCGGCGGUUCCUGAAGCUGAGCAAGGACCAUGAUGUGGGCACCUCUGUCAAGCAUGGGAAGCCCAAGAAGCAGAAGCUGGAGGGCAAAGGGGGCCACGGGACUGGGCCUGGCCCUGGCCGGCCCAAGUCCAAGAACCUGCAGCCCAAGAUCCAGGAAUACGAGUUCCAGGAUGAUCCCAUUGAUGUGCCUCGCAUUCCCAAAAACGAUGCUCCUAACAGAUUCUGGGCAUCAGUGGAGCCGUACUGUGCUGAUCUCACCAACGAGGAGGUCAGAGUCCUGGAGGAGCUACUCAAGCCACCAGAGGACGAGGCUGAGCAUUACAAGAUCCCGCCCCUGGGGAAGCAUUACUCCCAGCGUUGGGCCCAGGAGGACUUGCUGGAGGAGCAGAAGGAUGGAGCCCGGGUGGCGGCCGCUGCUGACAAGAAAAAAGGUGUCCUGGGGCCACUGACCGAGCUGGACACCAAAGACGUCGAUGCCCUGCUGAAGAAGUCGGAGGCCCAGCACGAGCAGCCGGAGGAUGGGUGUCCCUUCGGACCCCUAACGCAGCGUCUCCUGCAGGCACUCGUGGAGGAGAACAUCAUUUCCCCCGUCGAGGACUCCCCCAUUCCCGAGAUUGCUGGCAAGGACUCGGGAGCUGACGGCGCUGGCACAUCUCCUCGCAGCCAGAACAAGCCCUUCAGUGUCCCCCACACCAAGUCGCUGGAGGGGCGGAUCAAGGAGGAGCUGGUGGCCCAGGGCCUGCUGGAGUCGGAGGACCGGCCGGCUGAGGACUCGGAGGAUGAGGUGUUGGCUGAGCUCCGCAAGAGGCAGGCCGAGCUGAAGGCCCUCAGCGCGCAUAACCGCGCCAAGAAACACGAGCUGCUGCGGCUGGCCAAGGAGGAGCUGCACCGGCAGGAGCUACGGCAGCGUGUCCGCAUGGCCGACAACGAGGUGAUGGAUGCCUUCCGCAAGAUCAUGGCCGCCCGGCAGAAGAAGCGCACGCCCACCAAGAAGGAGAAGGACCAGGCCUGGAAGACCCUGAAGGAGCGGGAGAGCAUCCUCAAGCUGCUAGAUGGGUAGCAGGGA